AUGGUCAUCAACCAACUGCUUUCGCGCAGGAGCGUGCUUCUGUACACCAGCGUUGCCCUCUUGCUUGUUUUCUACCUAAGCUAUCAAUGGAGAUCAACGAGAUCAGCAGAGACGGCGCCAUCAGAGCCACUUCUUCCGCAAGAUCACGAAGUUCCACGGUUCCAGAAAAUCUUCGUGAUCAACCUACCUUCUCGGACAGACCGCCGUUACGCCGCUUCCCUUGCCGCUGCUUUGACGGAUCUCGAUAUCGAAAAUGCCAAUGGAGACAACGAGGUCGAUAAGAAAUCUCUGCCUCCUGGAGCGAAAGAGGUCAACAUGAGCAAAGGCGCCAUGGGCGCAUGGCGGGCUCAUACGAACAUUGCUCGAACAAUGAUCGAGCAGCGCAUUUCGUCGGCACUGAUUCUGGAGGAUGAUGCGGACUGGGACACUCGCAUCAAGCGACAGAUGCGUGACUUUGCAAAAGCAUCAAGGCUACUUGUACAACCACUUCCCGGAACAACAAACGAAUUUCUGGAUCCCACGUGGCCGCAGCCUGAUGCCGAGCAUAGCGAUAUUAACGUCCAACUUGGCCGAGCCGUCAUAUCCGACGAUGAAACCGUGCCCCCGAGACGCUCCAUCAACAUCGAAUUCGGCGACACCCAACUUCUAGACCAAUACCCCGAUUACACGCGCGUCGUGGCCAGGUCGCGUGUGAACACCUGCACUCUAGGAUACGCGCUCUCUCAAAACGGGGCACGACAGCUGCUCGCUCAGGUCGGCAUGUGGAAAAUCGACGGAAUGUUGGACAUGAUGAUGCGCUCUGCGUGUGACGGGCCGGCACUCUUCAACCAUCAUCGCCCGGUGGGCCCGAGAUCGUCGUGGAGCAACAUCAACAAGGAAGACGAUCAAGGCUACAAUGACAUGCCACUUACGACGAAUAUACGGUGGGCGACAAGAGUGAAUUUGGCUAAGCUGAUGCUGGGCGAGACGGACCACAUUGACUCGUAUGGCGACUGA